AAUUGCAGUCUUGUUCCACAACUCAGCAGCACCACUUGCCACAGGAAUUUUUUUUACUGACAAACUGUUUUUUCAAAAAAAACUUUUAUUUUUUUUGAAAAGUCCUGAAACAUCCAAAAAGAUUCAAAAUGGGGAUAUCGUCAAAAUUUUUCUGGAGUUACCUCUGUUUUCUUCUGGUUUCGGCCUCUGCGAAUCAGGAAAUCAUCACAGGUGAGAUUGGAAAGAGCGUCACUCUGCCAUGUCGCACUCCAACAAACAACAUCUUAAUUGUAGAGUGGACCAAUCCUGAGCUGGUGCCAGAUUAUGUCCUCUUGUACCGAGAUGAGCAGAUUGAUCCAGAACAGCAGCAUUCAUCCUUUGAGAACCGGGUGGAUCUGAAGGACAGACAGAUGAAGGAUGGAGACUUGUCUGUGAUUCUGAAGAAUGUGACAAUUAAUGACACUGGAACAUACAACUGUUAUGUCUUCUCGAGAGGAGUAAACCGUGAGAAAAGAGCAAUUUUUGACCUAAAACCCACCAACAGCGUCUACCUGAGAGCUGUUGUUCCUCCAGGUCACACAGGAGGAGACACAGAGGAUGGAUCUGUUGGACUGACAGGAGGUCAUAGAAGAGGACAUUUUCCACUGAUAGCAUCUUUAUCAUUUAUUUGUGUAGUUUGUAUUUUGACCACUGUAAAGUAUUUCUGUCCUACUCGUGAUAAAGCAACUGACAUGCAGCUGGCAUGAAAUAUUGCACUUGACAAUUUUUAUGUCACAGCAGACAAACCAGAGGAUCUUGUAUUAUCAUCCACCGUCGUUACAACAAAAAAAUCUAAAGCAACAGUAUCAACAUGUUUCAGGGUUCCCAUUAAUUUCAACUAUAAAUAUGGUAGAAACCAAGCGAACCCAAAACCCUUCAAAAAAAUAAGGAAAUAUGCCACAAACUGUUCAGCUGGAACAAAAUUAACGACAGUAGAUUUAGCUAUUCCUCAUGUCUGCACCAACAGUAUAGUUCCUCUCCUCGAGCUGCCACCUUGGCGUUGGUGGAGAGGCUUGUGUGCUCAAAUCCUGGAGCGUUCAGUUCCAUGACAAACAGGUUUCAGGUGAUGAGCCAGACUAAGAGCAGCUCAACAAAAAAAGUGAUGGACUGAGUAAAUCAUGUGUCUUGUGUGACUUCUAGUUGUAUAAACCAACUAAAAAUAUAAAAGAAUGAGAGCUCUUUAACUGAGCCCUUAAACUUAGGUGCAGACUAAUGCUUUUGUGGAUAUCUGUGAUACAAAUAUCAAAGAGAGGUACCUACCUGCAAAACUUUAUCUUUAACAGAUCAGACAAAACUAAUCUACUUUUAAAUCACUUAUAAAAUACAAGAACUCUGGUUUUCUGCUGUAGUUGGGACUGGUGGAGCUCCUGUAUAUUAACUGCUUCGCACUGUUAAUGUGUUGUUGUUUAUUUU